CGACCUGCAAAAUCAGUUGCACGGCUGUGGCGGGAAGGAUCAGAAUCAAUUAACAAGCAUCGUUAAGACAACUGUCUAAUUGUAGAGCCCAGAUUUCUUUCACACACUCUGUCGACGCAAACAAUCACUCGAAUCUUCUCUUCCAAAAAUCACUUUCAGCUUAUCCCCAAUUCAAACCCUAAUUUCCCCAAAAUGUCAUUCCUCGACGAAUUCCAAGCCAACCUGGAAUCACUGCCUAAUAUUCUGCAGAAGAAGUAUGCCUUGUUGCGUGAUCUAGAUAGAAGUUUGCAGGAAAUCCAGCGACAAAAUGAACAACGUUGUGAACAAGAAAUCGAUGAUAUUAAGCAAGGAGUUAAGGCUGGAAAUAUUACACCUGAUACCUCACUUAUCAGAUUCUCAGAUGAGGCACUUGACGAACAAAAGCAUAGCAUCAGAAUUGCAGAUGAAAAGGUUGCAUUGGCCGUCCAAGCAUAUGAUUUGGUUGAUGCACACAUACAACAACUUGAUCAAUAUCUAAAAAAGUUCGAUGAGGAGCUUCGACGUGAAAGAGAGAGUGCUGCAGCAAUUGCAUUGCCUGGUUCAAGUCUUGAUGGUGGUGCUAAAUCUGGAAGGACUAGUGAGGGUGGCAGAGGAGGGCGCAAAAAAACACGCCUGGCUACAGAAGCAGCAACAGCGGCAACUUCAGCAAAUCCUACUGGUAUGGAAUUAGAUUGUCCAGUGGAUCCAAAUGAACCAACCUACUGUUUCUGCCAGCAAGUUAGCUAUGGAGAGAUGGUAGCUUGUGAUAACCCUCAUUGCACCAUAGAAUGGUUCCAUUUUGGCUGUGUUGGUCUGAAAGAACAACCAAAAGGGAAAUGGUAUUGUUCAGAUUGUGCUGCUGUAAAAAAUCGACGGAAAGGCAGAUGAUGUGGAGUACUGUGUUCUAGGAAUUGUAUAUGUGGAAUUUGAUAAUUUUUUUUAUUGGAAAACUGAUUUCAUAUUAACUAAUCUUUUUUUCCCCUUAUUUUUGGAUUAUUCUGGGUUUCAGGAAUUUCUUUUUGUUGAUUUUCAUAUUAGUGAUUUCAGCUAACCUGCAAUUCUGUACCAUUAUAAUUUUAUGAAGACUAUGUUAAAACUAGUUUUGGUAGAUGAUCACCGCUUGCAUUGGAAAUAAAUUUUUAGAACUCCAUACA